AUGUCAACGUUGAAAUCGUUAGUUAUUCAACGAAUUGAACCAAAACAUGCUAGAAAUCUCAUUGUUAUGACCAAGGAAGAGGCAGAAUUUCAGAAAAUGCUUGACCAAGUCACGAACACAGAGGAAAAAUUACGUAGUGAUAUUCGUAGAGGUGAUGUGGACGGAUUCAUCGCUUUUGAUGGGGAAGAACCAAUUGGUAUGGUACUUUUUGGUUACUCUUAUUCCACAUGGGUUAAUCAGAUCAUAAAUGUGGAAAGUAUUUACGUCAGAGAGAAAUAUCGAAGAUUUCACAUAGGUAAGAAGCUUUGGAUGGAGGCUGUAAAAGUGGCUAAAGAAAGAGGUAUAGCGAGAAUGCAGUGGAUUUGCCUAAACUGGAAUACCAAUGCCAUGGAAUUUUACGAAAAGAUGCACGCUAGAAAUUUGAGCGCUGAAGAGGGUUGGCUGCUAUACAAACUUGGCUCGCAAGAGAUAGACAAGCUAGUAGCUGAUCACAAACUUAUAAAUUAA